UUUCUCUCUCUCUCUCUCUCUUUUGUUAGCUCGGAAAAGAAGACGACGAUGGCGGCGGCGAUCCUUCGUUCGAUGUCCUCCUCCGCUGCCCGGAGGCUCCUCUUCCUCUCAAGGUCGAGCUUCUCCACCAUCCCCAUCACCGCCAAAGGUUUUCUUCAGCACAGCCCUCGUCUCUCCCCCUCCUCAUCCAUCUUCCGCCCGAUCUCAGAUUGUGGCAUUCCUUUUGCUUUGAGUUUUAAACGUUCGUUCAGCGCUGAUGUGAAGCAGUUUCCUGCUUUUGCUGAUCCUGAUAUAGAAGCUGCGUUCAAGGAUUUGAUGGCUAUGAGCUGGGAUGAAAUCCCAGAUAGCGUCCUUGGCAGCACUAAAAAGGCAUUAUCAAAAAAUACUGAUGAUAAAGCUGGCCAGGAGGCUUUGGCAAAUGUCUUCCGUGCAGCUGAGGCCUCAGUGGAGUUUGGAGCAGUGUUAGUAUCUCUCAGAAUGGCACUUGAUGACCUUUGUGGUUUAACUGGUGAGAAUGUGGAUCGUUUGCCUGAUUAUCUCGAAGAUGCUCUGAAAGCUGCUUAUAAACGUUACGUGACAUAUCUGGAUGCUUUUGGUCCUGAUGAGGCAUUUUUGAAGAAGAAAGUCGAGAAUGAGUUGGGGACAAAAAUGAUACACUUGAAGAUGAGGUGCAGUGGCAUUGGUUCUGAGUGGGGAAAGGUGACACUUCUUGGUACCUCUGGGAUAUCUGGUUCCUAUGUAGAACAAAGAGCUUGAUAAAGAUGUUUGGUUGUGUAGCUGGAGUAUACCCAGCUUUCUUGUUCUUUGCUUGAUGAUCAUUGUCCUAUUCCAAUGAAAUCAUCUUCAAGACUUGUUUAACAUAAAAUGAAUAGUUCCUUGAAGCAUCCAUUGAUGGCUGCAACAACUUGUGAUAAUAAGAAACCAUUCCAGUUUGUUCAGAAUAAAACCCGGCUUUAGUUACGACUUUA